GACUCCGACUCCGACUCUGACUCUGAGUCUGAGGACGAGAAGCCCGCUGCUAAGAAGGAGGUCGCCAAGGUCGCCUCCAAGGAGGACUCUUCCGACGACUCCGACUCCGACAGCGACGAGGAGAUGGCCGAUGCCGAUGCACCCAAGGCUGAGGCCAAGAAGGCCGACUCCAGCGACUCCGACUCCGACUCUGACUCCGAGUCCGAGGACGAGAAGCCUGCCGCUAAGGCUGCUGCCGGAGCCAAGAAGACUGAGACUUCCGACUCCGACUCUUCCGACUCCGAUGACAGCGCUUCCGACUCUUCCGAGGAGGCCUCUCCCAAAGAGGACAACAAGAAGCGCAAGGCUGAGGUCGCUGCUUCCCCCGUCCAGAAGAAGUCCAAGAAGGAGGAUGAGCCUGUUGAGGAGAACUCGAAGAACCUCUUCGUUGGUUCCCUGUCCUGGAACGUCGACGACGACUGGCUGCGAAGCGAGUUCGAGACUUUCGGAGAGCUCACCCGCUGCACCGUCAUGUCCGACCGUGCCACUGGUCGCUCCAAGGGUUUCGGAUACGUUGAGUACAGCACCGCCGCUUCUGCCAAGGCCGCUAUGGACGCCAUGCAGGGUAAGGAGCUCGACGGACGCACCCUGAACGUUGACUUCUCUACUCCUCGCCCCGAGCGCCCCGCUCAGAACGACCGUGCUUCCAAGUUCGGUGACCAGCGCAGCACCGAGAGCGACACCGUCUUCGUUGCCAACUUGAGCUUCGAGGUUGACGAGGACAUCGUCCGUAACGAGUUCGAGAAGUUCGGAGACAUCAUUGGCCUCCGUCUCCCCACUGACGCUGAGUCUGGUCAGCGCAAGGGUUUCGGUUACAUCCAGUUCGGUUCCAUCGCCGAGGCCAAGGAGGCUGUCGAGGGUAUGUCUGGUGCCUUCGUCAACGGACGUGCCAUCCGCACCGACUUCUCUACUCCCCGUGACCCCAGCAGCAGCGGAGGCCGAGGAGGAGGCCGUGGUGGCCGUGGUGGCUUCAACGACCGCGGUGGACGUGGCGGUGGUCGUGGCGGCCGUGGUGGCUUCGGUGACCGUGGUGGACGUGGCGGUCGUGGUGGCUUCAGUGACCGUGGUGGCGGCCGUGGCGGUCGUGGCGGAACCACCAACCGCGGAGGCUUCGGGGACUUCAAGGGAAAGAAGGUCUCCUUUGAUUAAACGUGUUGCACACACUCCAUCUCCCCUUCUACUACACUAGGACAUGGUGAGUUGCAGGCACGAUAAUCUUGUAUGAUAAAGUGGGCUUUUUCUUUGCGUGUUUCUGUGGUCCAUGAUGGUACGACUCUAAUGUCUCCCUUCCCGUUCCCGUUGGUCUUUUGUCUUUUGUCUUGAAUCUCGUUUCGGGGGAUACCAAAAAGUGUUUUUUUGUUGGGUGGUUGGAGUUCUUUCUUUUUAUUAUUAAGUUUGCAAUAAAUGUCCGCGUCAAGUGGGUACGAGUUGACGUUCAAUUCAUGAUCCUUCGUCGCUCUACAUACUUUGACGAUCC